CUCGAACCCCCUGGUCCCACAGGUCCAGCAGGUGGUUUCCACUGCGACACCUGCGUGAUGUGGCGCCAGUCCGGCAGCAAGGAGAGACCAUGAUGGCCUUCCUGGCCGCCUGGACACCUACAUGCAACAAGUACGAGAGGAACAGCAACACGAGGCAGCAGCCGAAACGGCACGCCUCAAAGCCAUUGCACGCGAUGCGGAGCAACGGCGCCAGCAGCACGCUGAAGCAGAUGCCAACCAUAACAAAGCUCGAAAAGAUGCCGCAUCUGUCCUCAUGCAGCAGGAAGCCGCUCGUACCGCCGCACUCCAAGCAUGGAAUGUUGAUCAGGCGGAGACGACGGAACCAACUGCGGAGGAGCAGACCAAGUCAGCCCUCGCCAACAUGAUGCACCAAGUCAUCCUCACUUGUAAUUGGCAACAAGUGGAGCUGGCUCGGCAGGCACGUACCAUUGUUGUGUAUGAGGAGACUCUCAAGAGCCGCGAUGCCCGCCUUGACGUGCUGGAGAAGGAUGACGUGCCGCACAAGCACACGGCAUCAUCAAGCAUUGAUCCAUCAAUCCGCGAGCUGGAAGAACGAAUGGAUCUUCUAGUGGCGCUCGUCGGAAAUUUGAACAGUUUCCGACAACCGGUGACCACAAGGCAAAUAGCUGCCCUACAAGCCGAUCUGCGUCAGCUGCAGCAGCAACCUAACGGGACCUGCAACAACCUGACGUCUAAACAAUUCAAGAUGCCGAAGUUCAUCAUCGACAGAUUUGAUGACUACCACAAGGCGGACUCCAUAAGUUGGUGCCAAGGGUUCACCAACGAGAUCUCCAUCCACUUGGUCCCACCAGAGUCGAAGAUCUCAGCAUUCUACCUUUGCAGCACCGGUGCCAGCCAAGUGUGGCUCAACCACCUGGCUCAAACCAAAGGCGUCGAAGUCUCUAAGCUUUACACCAAGAUCACUUGGGAGGCCAUGACCGAUAAGCAAAGAAGACAUUUGUCAACGACAAAGCUCGGGAAAUUGAGCUCCGCGGGCGCGGGAAGUGAGGCAACUCCACUUCCUACUCCGCCGAACACUGUUGCCUUGCUAACAACCUCCUCCACGUCCGGGGAACAUGCGUAUGUCGCCAGUCUUCACGAAGGUUAUGAAGACUAUGCUGUCCAGCUUGUCCCGCCGUUGGACCAACGUCUCCACGUGGAAGAGUCAUAUGAGUGCACGACUUCAACACCAUCGCCAAGUAAACCAGCAUCCUCGUCGACGCUAUUCGGGAACUCGUCGAUAUGGUCUAGACUUGAGGAGCUCGACCCAUUGACGCUGGAGGACUUCCAAUGGUUGCCUCUUCCCCCAUCUAGUUCCUUGUCGAAGCUGCAUUGCAACGCCCUAAUGGCAGAACUACGCACCUACUUGCACGCUGCAGUACCAGCUCCGUUGAUAGAAGACGGAGUAGCGGUUGUUGACCUUCGCGAGUACAUUGCAAAGAUUGACCGCGAGUACGCCACGCAACGCGGCGGAACAGCCACCGGCCCACCGGAUCCACGCAUUGUACAACUUCUUGACUCCUAUGGCGACGUCUUUGAAGCCCCCGCCGGAAUUGUACCGAAUCGGCCAAUUCGUCACGAGAUUAUCCUCAAAGACGGGGCCAUACCUCCGCGCGGAUGUAUUUACCACAUGAGCGAGGAGGAACUUGAAGUGCUUCGAACACAACUCGAUGACCUCAUUGACAAGGGUUGGAUUCGCCCUAGCUGCUCGCCCUACAGUGCACUCGUUCUCUUCGUUUGGAAGAAGAACAAGGAGCUACGCUUAUGCAUUGAUUAUCGUAAGCUUAAUGCUCAAACAAUUAAGAAUGUCGGUCCGCUCCCACGCAUCGACGAUCUUCUCGAACACUUGGGCAGCGCCAAGUAUUUCUCCAAGUUGGACCUCAAGGCUGGUUACCACCAGCUCGAGAUCCGUCCAAGAGAUCGAUACAAAACCGCGUUCAAGACACGGUACGGGCACUUCAAGAGGGUCGUAAUGUCGUUCGGCCUCACGAAUGCCCCGGCCACCUUCCAAGCAGCAAUGACAACGAAGUUUGGCGACAUGUUGGACCGGUUCGUGCUCAUCUACCUCGAUGACAUCUUGGUAUAUAGUCGGAAUUUGGACGAGCACAUCGUGCAUCUACACGUUGUUUUGGACAGGCUACGUACGACCAAGUACAAGGCCAAUCGAGCCAAGUGCGAAUUCGCGCAGCAAGAGCUCGAGUAUUUGGGCCACUUUGUGACGCCGCGAGGCAUCCGUCCGCUCGCGGACAAGAUCAAGGUCAUUCAAGAUUGGACGGAACCAACCAACACCACGGAAGUUCGAUCUUUUAUGGGAUUGGACGGGUACUACCAACGCGUCAUCGGAGGAUACGCACGGAUCGCCGCGCCCUUGUCAAGAUUGCAGUCUCCAAAGACCAAGUACUGCAAGGCCGUCACCGAUGAGGCCUUGUACGAGAUCAGAAAACGAACUCAACCGAACUUGGAGUCCGACCAGAUGGAGAGGGUUUCCAAGCAUGCAGCGGAGCGUGGACUUGAUGUGCUGAGGGCCGGUGGUGCGACGGGAGGAGAGGCGGUGCAGCGUCCGCGGGAGGUGGGGGGGGGAGGAGAUGAUGGACGUGGUGAGCCCGACCAGCCAGUGGGGGAUGGAGGCGGUGACAUCGAGGAGGACGUCAUCAUCAUCGAUCGCGAGGCACGUGGCACGUCCCGGAAGGGAUUCCCGGGACACGAGGGGAUGCCAGAGUUUGAUCCAUUCACGGGGGAGAGGAUUGUGGACUGGGAGCGGCGAAGGGGCAAGGGGCAAGUGCCUCCUACGCAGGGUCUGACGGGGGAGAGCCACAACGAGAUUGCGAGCAUGCAAGCGGUGGAGACCCACCGUGCAGAGUUGGCCGAGGAGUUGGAGGAGGUGAGGCAGCCAUUCUGGGUGGCUGGUGCCACCAUCCUCUUAGACGGGAGGAAAUCACGAGACGGAAGAUCGAUCAUGAAUUUCCUCGCCGCAGGCUCUCGAGGGGUCGUCAUGUACACGACGAUCAAUCGAGAGGGGGAGCCGGACGAUUUUGAGCACGCCCUUCGGAGAUGGGUCACCAUUUUCCACGAGUUCAGGUUCGGUGGGCCGCAAUGGGUCAAUGCGAUAUGCACUGACUCCGCUUCAGCAUACGUCGGGGCUGCCAAGGCUCUGGCCUCGGGGACCAUGCCUCUUGAAUUGAGGAGGAUCACUUGGCUCCCAUGCUCAGUCCAUGCUUGCAACAAAUUGUUAUCAGACAAGGGGACGUGUUGUGACGCGUCUAUUGAUACUAUCACACGCGCUCGUGUGCUAAUGGUGUUUUUCAAAACCCACCAGGCAGCCCUUCAUUUUUUUCGGAAGCGCAACCCCAACCUGGGACUUGUUCUUUCAUGCGAGACGCGGUUUGCGCCUUUGUACUCCAUGUUGGAGAGGCUCAUGGCCCUGCAGGACACUUUGCAGGACAUGAUGCGAGGGGAUGACUCGCAGGCUUUUGCUUCCAUCUCGUGGUAUGUCAAUAUUUGCUACAUGGCGCGGUGGCUGCGCCGACAGAUCAAAUGGGAUCCUUGGUGGCAGAGGGUGGCCACCAUCGUCCAUAUCAUGGAGCCCGUGAUGCAGUUGCUCCGGCGGAUGGGUCGUGGAGAGCAAUUCAUGUCGCUCAUGGUCGAGUGGGCACAUGAUCUUGUGCAGCGGGUGAAGGAGGCAUGCGCUCCUUUGGGGUCCUCGUACGCAGACCGGAUCAUCAGGCGUGUGCAGGCCCGCACGCAGCACAUGCUAGAGCCGGCUCACUGCGCUGGGUUCUUACUGAACCCCCGCAGGCGACAUGUUCAGUAUUUUUCUAGCACGGUGGAGGAGUAUCAUGCUUGGCUUGUGAGGCAAACCAAGAGGUACAUUCUGACGGAGAUAAGUUUCGAGUUGGAGGGUGCGGAGUACCUCCUUGCCUGCCGCCAGUUCGAGGACUUCCACAUGCAGCAGGGCAGGUUUGGUGACUGGGGCGGGGCGGAGGGGCGUGCUCGUGGGCGCGUGUGUAGCGGAGACACGAGAUGAUCGAGUGCGCGUCUUAGUGGUCCCAGUACGGGGCUGGCGCCCCUGA